AUGAGUCAAAUAUUUAAAGAAAGAAAUCAUUUUUAUAUUAGAAUUUGUGAAGGAUAUGUUUUACCAUUAUUAUUGAUAUUACAUGAUCAUCAAUAUUUUAAUAAUAUUCAAUUUCUUGAAUUGAUUACAGUUUUACAAGGUAUAAUUAGAAAUCAUUUUAAGAAUGGGAUGGGAUUAAGAUCAACCUAUAUAGCACCAGAAUCAGCAUCAACAUCUAAACCAAUCUAUUUAUCUGAUAUUGGAUUUACAAUUAGAUUCGCACCAACUUAUCCGAGAUAUUCAAUUAUGGUAAAGAAUAUAAAACCACAAGAAAAUAGAAAUGAACCUAUUAAAAUUAAAAGAAAAGAAACAAUAUAUAUAGAUAAUAAAGUAAAAGAUAGUAUCAAUAACAGCAAUAAUAAUAAUAACAAAAAAGAUAAAAAAGAUAAAAAUAAACAGAAUGAAGAAGAUCAUUUAAUUAUAGAUGAUGUUAUUGAUGAAGAGAUACAAGAAAAAGAAGAUAAUGAAUCUGAUUCAGAUAAAAAGAAAUUAAUUACAAAAAUCACUACUACCACCACCACCACAAUUCCAACAUCAUCACCAACAAAUAUAAUAGAUGACAAUGUUGAAGUUAUAGAAACAAGAUUCGAUAAAGAAGAAAAAGAAAGAGAAAAAGAAAAAGAAAAAGAAAAAGAAAAAGAAGAAAAAGAGGAGGAUAUUGAUAUUUUAAAUGAUAGGGCUAUAGCUUUGGCAGCAACACAAGAAUAUGAAGAUGAUGAUGUUAUAUUUAUUAAAGAUGAUAAUGAUAAUGAUAAAAAUCAAAAUCAAAAUCAAAAUCAAAAUAAUAAUAAUAAUAAUAAUAAUAAUAAUAAUAAUAAUAAUAAUAAUAAUAAUAAUAAUGAAGGAGAAGAAGAAGAUGAAGAACUACCAUAUCAAGGUGGUAUGUAUAAAGGAUUGUAUGUAACUGGUCAUACAAUGAUAGUUGAAACUCAAAUAAAAGUGGCUGGUGCUACAACAUUAAUAUCACAAUUUCAUGUGGCUAAUGAAGAUAAAGACGCUGAUGAUAGUGAUGAUUUUGAUGAAUUUAAUUUACCUGAUACUGAAUCACAACUAUCAAAAUCUAAACAAAAAUCGCCAAAUGUAAAAAAGACAACCACAACAACAACCACAUCAACAUCCACAUCAUCAAGAAAACAAUCAAAAUCUAAAUUAAAACCAAAAUCAAAAUCAACAAUGGCAACAAAUAAUGGUGGAAUUAGUUUAUAUUUUAAAAAAUAUAAAUGGAGAACUGAAACAACAAUUAAUGCUACAAAACCAACUACACUAACAACAACAGCAACUGGAACAACCCAUUUACGAGAUUUUGAAUCACAAGAGGUUGAAAAAUCUGGAUCAACUAAAACUGAGAAAUCUAAAAUUAUUAUUUUUUAA